AUGAAUACUUCGACAAGUGUGUACACCUACGAUACUGGUGACAAUGCAUGGAUGAUGACAUCCACUGCGCUUGUCCUUCUCAUGACACCGGCACUCGCCUUCUUCUACGGUGGUCUUGUUGAACAUAAAAAUAUUCUCAAUCAACUCUUUCUCUCAUUCGUAUGUAUGGGUAUCGUCUUUCUUCAGUGGGUACUGUUCGGCUUCUCUUUCGCUUUUGGUCCACCCGUCAGCUCUGGUUUCGGAUCAUUCGGAUGGUCUGUGCUACGAUUCGGUGAAUCCUAUAAUUCAAACUAUAGUCCCACAUAUCCUCUUCUCACUUAUUGUGCCUAUCAAGCCACAUUCGCCAUCAUCACACCUGCUCUCAUCUCAGGCGCCAUCGUUGGUCGAAUGAAAACCAUUCCAUACAUGAUCUUCAUUUUCGUUUGGUCAACAGUUUGUUAUGAUCCCAUGGCGCACUGGGUGUGGGGUGAAAACGGUUGGCUAAAACAGUUGGGCACACUUGACUUUGCAGGUGGCACAGUCGUUCACAUACUCUCAGGUGUUUCUGGGCUUGUCGCAUCGAUUAUUCUAGGCAAACGGCAUGAUUACGAUCCGAAAAGCACCACUGCUCACAACUUACCAUUCACCAUUCUGGGAACAUGCCUACUGUGGGUAGGAUGGUCUGGAUUCAACGGUGGCUCUGCAAACUCAGCAAGUGGUUUGGCCGCACUCGCAGUGAUCAACACACAUACUGCGGCUGCGACUGGACUAGUCACAUGGGUAGUGAUCGAUGCCAUGCGUGGCCACGUCUCCAUUUCAGGUGCGUGUAUUGGUCCCAUUGUUGGUCUAGUGGCNUUCAACGGUGGCUCUGCAAACUCAGCAAGUGGUUUGGCCGCACUCGCAGUGAUCAACACACAUACUGCGGCUGCGACUGGACUAGUCACAUGGGUAGUGAUCGAUGCCAUGCGUGGCCACGUCUCCAUUUCAGGUGCGUGUAUUGGUCCCAUUGUUGGUCUAGUGGCGAUAACACCAGCAUGUGGCUUCGUUCAACCAGGAUGGUCCAUACUAAUCGCCAUAAUUGCAGUAUGCGUCGUCUAUGUUCUUCUCUUAUUGAAAAAGUAUAUGCAUUACGAUGAUACAUUGGAUGUUGCCAUUGUUCACGGUUGUGGAGGGAUUACCGGAGCGUUUAUGACUGGAUUAUUUUCACAGAAAUGGGUAAAUGAAGCAGGUGGUUCCGAUGGCGCAUUCUAUGGUCGCCCAGUUCAACUAUGGUAUCAAAUAGCUGGAAUACUCACGGCUAUCGGAUUUGCUGCUGCGUGUACUGCUGGUAUCCUACUCCCAUUACAUUGGACUAUAGGAAUUCGAUUGGCUAAGGAGGAAGAAAUCGAAGGUCUUGAUGUAUCAGCACAUGGUGAAAGUUGGGAAGUAGCUGCGUCGAAUGCAGUCAGCAAUCUGAUAGCAUCGAUGAUUGAAGAAAAGCUCAGUCGUACGAGACAUCUAGAACAGCACGGUUCUUUCAAUUUACAAUACAUCCCUCCGAAUGCGGGCGAGAAAUCAAUUACAGUCCCAGUGUCCAAUGUAUCGAUAAAAGCCGAGGCUCCUCCGGAUUGCAAUACACAAAAAAAUGAGGAACAAGAAAUGUACACUGAAAGAUCGAAUGAGGUAUAA